GCGCGUCACGCACAUACAGAGAGGUGGAAGAAAGCGGGGAGAGCUUUCCGGGUGCCGUACAUACUUUUAGUGACCUCGACAAGCAUUAUUGUGAUUACUUGGCAUAGGCGAAGCGGUAGUAGGUGUGAGACAUGAGCAGUGGGGACGGAGGGACCAACCCUCUGGGGGUCAUAGAGGGCUACCAGGUGUUCUGUAACCCUGAGGAUCAGGCCAGUAACACCACAGCUGAGAACAGUAAGCAGCCUGAAGCCCAGAGUGACAGCUCCCCGGCACCACGGCGACGCAGCGACUCCUCUGACAGUGAGCCGCCAGUCCACUUCCAGGUGAAAGCAGAACCUGUAGAUCCUGGCUAUGAACAGGCAACCAACUCUCCUGCCUCUUCAGACAACAACAGGAAUGACACUCCACCACCAUCAUCUACCCAGUCAGGGGACAAGCCUCCUGUUCAGAUAUCAUCCAGUCUCUGGUCAGGGAGUAAGAAGCCUAAGGAGACCAAGAAAGCAGACGCCUCCGUGUCCAAUGUUAUAGAGCAGCUACUUCGUAAGAAUGAGUAUCUGCUGGCCCAGAACGAUGCUGGUGGCUUCAAGCCCAAUCCUAGGAAAUCUCGGAAUCCUAACGAAAUGAUGAAGAAACCGGACAAUGCUUUAGAUACUAAUGGGACAACUUUCUUGGUCUCCCAGACAUCUCAAGCACGAAUAUCAAAGGCUGAGAACCCACCCAGUAAAAACCUUGGUCCUGGACGGAUUUUGAGACCAAGAAGUCCUACCCGCAAAUGUAGCAUUCCCGAGAAGGACAAAUCCCAUUUUAAUCAUGCAGUGAUGGAAUCUAAAGUGAAUGACAAAUCCAGUGAGAAGAUAUUCCGAGUGAACACUCAUGAAAUGGUUUGUGCUGUGUCGUGUAGAGCCAUGUUUAUGACACAGGGAGGAUCUCUUGUUGCCAAUUUUGACCUUCACUUUUACUGGUGCAACUUCUGCCCCUACCACACAACCACCAAAGCUCAGUUGCUGCAGCAUGUGAUGGAGCACCGAUUCCACUGCAAGUUCUGCAGGUAUCAGUCAUUUUCCCGGGCAGAUGUCAUCCAUCACACAGCAGAUGCUCAUUCAGAGUUCUCCGAGGCUGCUGCCUCUCUCAAGUAUUGUACAUUGUUGUCAGAUUAUCUUCAGAUAUAUUCUCAGGAUACGGAAGAGGACAAGAAGAAACGAGCUGGAGGUGGGUCAGAUGACGAACCCCCAGCCAAGAUAUCAAAAGUUGAUGCAAAGAAUCUGUCUGGUCUCUAUGCAAACAUUGACCCAUCUGAUCCAAAGAAGAUGGACGUGUACAAUGCUCUUCAGAAAGACUAUGAGUACUUUGACAUGGAAGUUGAGACUGUUGAUGGAAACGUUGCAAGUGAAGAUGUCCCUUCGGACAAGCAGGUCAUGGGUGCCCAGUCUACUUAUGAUGUUUCAAAAAUGAUCACAAAUGUCCAAAGCAGUGGCAAUGCCAUCCAGGUUCUGCUAGACAAGUCCCAAAUCCAAGGGCAACCAUCACAAGUUCAGCCGGUUUCAUUGGUUGCCUCACAAAAUAUUCAGAGUGGGUCAAACACCCGGUUUCAGACACAAAACGCAGUGUACACUCCCGUGGGCCCAAGAAGAGUUUUGGGGAUUCGGAACGUAACACCUCCCCUCAGAGCCCCUGCACCUGCCAAACCAUUUGAGAAUCGCCCACCUCCUCCACCACCACCACCUAAUAAGAUGCGAUCAGGAUCCUCAGUCUCAUCCAAUCUGUACUGGAGUUGUGGCUACUGCAACUUCACCAGUCAUAGUCAAGGCGAAAUCAAAGAACAUUCUCAGAAAACCCACAGAGGCCGACCACAUCGCUAUGUUGCUUUAAUUCGACCCCCAGAGAAGAAGCCUGAUGAAGCUGAUGCCAACAAGAACAAUUCAUCUUCACCUACAUCCACAUCCACGGUCACCAGUAAGGACAUAGAGAUCGACCAUGCUGAUGACGGUGGCUCAGUAGACACAUCAGUAGAGAAUUCCAAAAAGGUGGGAGAACCCCCCACAUACAAAUGCUUCCAUUGCUUCUAUGAGGUGAAGAAACCAGGACUACUGAAAGGACACAUGUCCUACAAGCAUAGAGGACUGAGUCUGGUUGGCUAUGAUGUUCACUGUGAGAGCCCAGACAAAUACAUGUACUUCUGUCCUCGGGACGAUUGCCCAUUCCGAGCAAAGAACCCCACAGCGUACCUGAAUCACGUAGAGAGGUGCACACCUUGGCACAACAAGGAUCUGAAUGUGACUGUGGAGCCGUACCUGCUGAAGUGUCUGGACAACACAGUGCAGCUAGCUGAGAAGAUGAAGGAACAGGUAAGGACAACAGAAGAGUACUCAUGUAUCUAUUGCACUUUUACAGGUUGUUUCCUCGAGAAUGUCUCUUAUCACAUUACCAUGCUGCAUGCUGACAGGAGUGUCAUUGUGAAAGAUUUGGUGUUACGUAGGUUGAAGAGGAAGUGUUUCAUCUACCGCUGUAGGGUUUGUGAUUGGGAGAACAGGGACAGGGAGGAGUGGAUUGAGCAUGGGGUCAAGGAGCACCAGCUCCCUGAGGAGGACUUCUGGAGAGAUAUCAAGGCGUGCUAUGCUGGUCCAAGCGGAGAGAAGCCAGCAUCUCGCAAAUCCAAACUCAAGUCAAAGAAGAAGAAAAAGAGUUUGACACAGGAUGAAACGGAUUUCAACGAUCCUCCAAUUUUGUCACCAGAAAUUUCAAUGGAAACAGAUUGUGUUGAAACUUUUAUUCCUUUACACAUAUCAUCUGGCAAUGAUUCUAGCCCUCCCAGCCUCGUAGAGGUCCAGCCAGAGUUGUUGACAAGCAUAAAAAAUGAACAAAGUGUUCCCAAGAUGGUGUCAAUACUGCCUCCUGUUCUUCAGUGUAGCCAUUGUGACUUUAGUUGUAUUGGAAUCGUCAACAUCAAGGAGCAUUUGCAGUUCACACAUACAGGACAAGUGUUAGCUUUUUAUGACAUGCAGAAGAAAGCGCAGAAAAUCCAAAGCUACUUCUAUUUGUGUCCUUUUGAAAAAUGUAUUUACUCGGGGGUCAAUACUGAGAAAGUUUGUGAGCACAAUAAGAAAGUUCAUGCUUCAUCCACAGUGAACAAUGGCAGUGCAGAGGAGGCAGGUAGUCCACCUGUCAAGUUGCAGGUGCCUUCUGCUCCCCGUAUCAGACGGCCCGAAUUUAUGUCAAAAUCCAAGAAAGGUCGAGGGAGUUCUAUUGGCCCAAGGUCGGUUAGCUUCGUACCAGCCAUGCUGAGAUGCCAGUACUGUGCUUUCUCUUGUAUUGGAGUUCUCACAAUGAAGGAGCAUCUGAUGAAAGUUCAUGAAGGGGAGCCCAUGACGUUUGUCAAUUUGAGAAAGAGGAAACAGAAAGCUAGAAGUAUCUUUCAUAUUUGUUCACAUGGGAUGUGUCCCUACACUCACUCUGAUGUUUGGACUGUGGAACUUCAUUAUGGUAAAGAACAUUCAGGCUUGGACGAUAAUCUCAUGUCUGACACUGAUCCUGCCAAUGAACUUGAGCUGCCUGAUCCCGCCGACGGUGCCUUAUUUUGCAGUGACAAUAGUGAGACUAACACUGCCUUAGAAACCAGUGAACAUCGUGAAAGGAACCUUUUCACUGACUGUGAUAUUAGUGCUAUUUUCCCAUCUACCUCAGCAUCGGUUUCACCUUCAAAAUAUUGUUGCUUACUGUGCGAGUCAAACUUUUUCACGGAAACCAAACAGGGCAUGAAGGACCACUACAAGGACAAUCACCCAGAUGAGGACAUUGUCAUGCGGGACCUGAAUGCACGGAAAAACAAACUGCCGUCCCGUUGGUACGUUUGUCGGGAGGCAACAUGUCUCCAUCACUUCCUGGAUGCCCAAGCUCUCCUCCUCCACCAACUGGCCCACUCCCACAGCCCUGUAUUUGAAUGUUCCGAAUGUCACUGGAGUCACCCCAAGCUGAUGAAGGUCAUGGACCACCUCAACGACUUCCACGAUAACGAUGAUGCUGACAUCUUGUACAUCAACCUGGAGUUGGACGAAGACGGCAGAACUGUUAGGAAACUUUGUGAUGGGCCUGCAAAGACAGCCAACAUGUAGAUUUAGAUUCAGGUGUAGAACGUAUUGUAACGUAACAGUCUGAGCAGGAACCAUGUAGAUGGGCCUAAGUAUGAAUGAGGCUGUGCCUCGUCUCUGUCAUCAUGAUCAUGAUCCAAACAUGUAGUAUACUUAAUUGAUAUUUAGUGAACAUAAUAUAUCAGGAAUAUUUUGGACAUUUGACCAUGUUGAUUGAUUUGAUAUAAUUAUAUUGGAUGUUGAAAACUGAAGAUGCUCACUUUUCCCUGGCUAAAUGAACUGAAAAAUACUUAAUUGGUUUCAAAAGCUAAUUGUUUUGAUUGAAUAUUGACAUCCUUGUAAAACACAAAUCACUGCAAAUUAGAUGAAAUAAAUUUGCACUUUAUUUUUAACAAUUUUAUCAGUGAUGGAGACAAUAUAAAAUAACCCCAAUUCUUGCUGAUCAAGCAGUCUUCAAUCAGACAUCAGGUCGGGGAAGCACACAUGAUGCUUACAGUGAGAUAAACUCCCAAGUACUGGUACUUAGAUCAGGCUGCUAUGUAUGUUGGCUCUUUAAACAUAUCAAAAGGAUCAUUUUAGUUUAGAUUUGUGUAAAUGCUGCACUUAAGGUGUUUUGAUACAAAAUGGUAUAUAAAUGAGGCAGUUAAACUCAUACAAACGCAGCCAAUUUGUUUAUAUAUAGCUGAUUAUUGCUGUGAUAGAUAUGUAAGAAAACUGUAUGUAUUCAUGGUAGGGAGUAAGAGUUAUUAUUUUCCUGUUAUGAGCUGUUAUUGAUAUGAAAGAGAUGUUUGCAUAAUUUAGUUGUGAGCCCACCGAGAAGAGGAUCAAGUGGUGGCAAUGACCAAGUCAUUGUAUUACCUGGCUGGUAGUGUGGCAUCAUACUGACUGCGUUUGUUUAUUUGGUCCCAGCUGUGGUUACUGCUUCACCCUAUCCAUUCAUCAUUGAAUAUCUGACAUCAUUCAAAAAUAGGGUGGGACUGGUAGUGCUUAGAGUUGCCAGUCCACUGGGACUGGCAGUUUCAAACGUCAUGGGUAACACUGUACUUGAUUUAUUGCAGCUGUAUUUAUCGCUGUCUGUAUAGCUGUGUUGUUGAUGUUGUGUAAAGCAACAUUCUUUAUUGUCAUAUGUAUAAUUUAAAUUAUUUUAGAGCCCUUUUAAUAUUUUUUGACUGUGAUUUUAAACAGGUUUGUGUUUUUCCGAUAUGUGUGAUGUAUGUUCUGCUUGAUGCUGAUGUUAGAAUACCAGAGUAGCAGCAUAGGCAUGGUAGGUUUAGAGUGUUUUGUAGCUAAUGGAGUGUUAUUGCUUUGAUAGCAUUUGAACUACUGAAAUGACAACUGAUGCAUUUAAAUGAAUAUCAGUGUCCUGAAUGUAAUGGUAUUAAUCUUCAUACCAUUGAGGGUGUGUCUACACUACGUUCCUCAACCACACGUGAUUCCAUCGCCAAAUAAUCUCAUGCAAUGUGUCAUAGCCUUACACCAUCUACGGACAUGACGGAACUCCACACAUUACUUACCUAUCAAGCACUGGUAGGGUGCACACAAAACUCAUGCAAGGUGCAACGCUCAUUUGACUUCUGUGAGUUGUAAACAGCCUCAUUUCAUCAGCUGUAUGUAUUCAUGGAUGAUGGAGGAAUGUGGUACAUUCACACCCGUCAAGUAUGGAGUCGGAAGAUGGUAAGUAUCCAUGAUACAAAAAGAAUCUACAAUCCCUCAGGACCCCUGUGACUAAGAGGCCAAAAUAAGUACAUGCUUGUUUGUCCCCUAGGUUACUGACCCGCCAAGAAAGUACUUUUACAACCUUAUUUCUGACCAACCUUGCUAACGGUUAUUGACCCCUUUCAUUGUUUAUGAUUCUUGUUAAGCAUUGGAUUUGAAAACCAAAAGACUAUUUACAUUUCUACGAACCAAACUCAGGCUAACUAAUACAUUUACUAGGGCUGGGACGAUACGCCAACUGUGCGAUCCGAUAUGUAUCAUGAUACUUGUAUGUGCUCUUAUCUGAGGUGCGUUAGCCAUCUUUUUCAUAGACAGGAUUGUCGAAUA